GUUGCUGGAUAAAGUCGCGUUUCACACACGCACCACGCGUGUCUCCGUUCCGUUUUUUUCAAGCUCAGCGCGUCUAAAAAAAAAACACACUUGGAAAAAUCUCCCUUUUUUUUCUUUUUUUUUGGGAAGAGAGAAAACGUGUCGAGGCAGACAUCGUCCUUCAAGAGCCCGAGAGAAGCUCUGAGGAACUUCACGUCAGCUUUUCGGCGUUUUGUGUCGUUUAAUCGUUGAGUUUAGCGUGUUUGGUGGAACGCUCGCCGCUGACGUCACGGCUGUGACCCCGCCCCCUCACCCUCAUUCCACAAUUAUACGUUCUGAACUUCUAUCUGCAUCCCAACCGGUUCCAGACCGGUAACCAUGGCGACCCGAGGCCACGCCUCCAGCCUCCUUAUGAGCAACCACACCAAGCGCGGAGUGACCAUGGCCAAGGUCACGCUGGAGAACUUCUACAGCAACCUCAUAACACAACACGAGGAGAGGGAGAUGAGACAGCAAAAACUGGAGAAGGUGAUGGAUGAGGAAGGACUGCCUGAUGAAGAGAAGCGCAUGCGCCGCUCCCAACACGCUCGUAAGGAGACCGAGUUCCUGCGGCUGAAGAGAACCAGACUGGGUCUGGAAGACUUCGAGUCGCUGAAGGUGAUUGGACGAGGAGCAUUUGGGGAGGUGCGUUUGGUUCAGAAGAAAGACACGGGACACGUUUACGCCAUGAAGAUCCUUCGCAAAGCCGACAUGCUGCAGAAAGAGCAGGUGGGUCAUAUCCGGGCGGAGCGGGACAUCUUGGUUCAGGCAGACAGUCUGUGGGUGGUGAAAAUGUUCUACAGUUUUCAGGACAAACUGAAUCUUUACUUACUCAUGGAGUUCCUACCCGGAGGAGACAUGAUGACCCUACUGAUGAAGAAGGACACGCUGACGGAGGAGGAGACGCAGUUCUACGUAGCCGAGACAGUUCUGGCCAUCGACUUCAUCCAUCAGCUGGGCUUCAUUCACCGAGACAUCAAACCAGACAACCUGCUGCUGGACUCCAAGGGUCACGUCAAGCUGUCUGAUUACGGCUUGUGUACGGGACUCAAAAAGGCGCAUCGGACCGAGUUUUACCGUAACCUGAAGCACAGCCAAUCAAACGACCUCACGUUUCAGCACAUGAACUCCAAGAGGAAGGCCGAGACGUGGAAGAGAAACCGGAGGCAGCUGGCCUUCUCCACGGUGGGAACGCCGGACUACAUCGCGCCGGAGGUCUUCAUGCAGACCGGAUACAACAAGCUCUGCGAUUGGUGGAGUCUGGGCGUCAUCAUGUACGAGAUGCUGAUUGGCUACCCUCCGUUCUGCUCCGAGACUCCUCAGGAGACGUAUAAGAAGGUGAUGAGCUGGAAGGAGACGCUGGUGUUUCCUCCUGAGGUGCCGAUCUCGGAGCGAGCGAAAGCUCUGAUCCUGCGCUUCUGCUGCGAGGCUGACCAUCGCAUCGGAGCCGCCGGCGUCGACGACAUCAAGAGGAACGGCUUCUUCGAGGGCGUCGACUACGAUCACAUCAGAGAGAGACCCGCUGCGAUCCCCAUCGAGAUCAAGAGCAUCGACGACACGUCCAACUUCGACGAGUUCCCCGAGUCCGACAUCCUGCAGCCCUCCAGUCCGGCGGUGGCCAGCAACCAUCACCCGGAGUCAGACUUCAAGAACAAGGACUGGGUCUUCAUCAACUACACCUACAAGCGCUUCGAGGGCCUGACGGCACGAGGAGCCAUCCCCGCCUACAUGAAGAGCGGCAAGCGAUAGAGAAAAACCCUCUCUUACUGCCAAAUACACUAUCCAGUCUUCCGCAGACACACACUUUGCAGCGUUUUCUCUUUCCACCCACGCUUGAAGAUCAUCGGAGCGGAGGUCUCAUGCUGGAAAUCUUCUGAAAAGCGUUUGUGGACAAGCUCUAAUACCAAAAGACGCACACUUCUCUAUAAAUGAUAGCUCUUCUCAAGAUGUUUAAAGCUUUAUAUGUAUAAAUAUAUUGUGCCUUAUGUGAUUUUUUGGGCUAGAAAGCCUCACUUUUUCCCCUCAUGU